CUGCCUCUUCCGCCGGCAGCAUGGCGCGGGCCGCUGCGCUCGCCGAGGCCGCGCAGGCCGUGCUGGGCAGCCGCGCCAGCGCCAACCGCGUCUUCGAGCUUCUGGAGCUCCUGCCGGGCCAGGAGGAGGAGGAUGUCCUCUGCGCCGCCAGGACCUGCGGCCGGCUCUUCGGGGCGCUGCUGGAGCGGAGGGAGCUGUUCGUGGGCCAGCUGCCCGCCGAGGAGGCCUCUCUCUCCGACAGCUACAGCGCCGAGGACAAAUACAAGAUAUGGAUGAGGCACCGCUACAACGACUGCGUGGAGUGCUUGGCCGAGCUGAUGGGGCACGACUCCUUCCAGGUGAAGGAAUUGGCACUCUGCACCCUCAUGAAGUUUGUCGAGUUGGAGGCACAGUAUCCAUUGAUCAAAGUAGAGUGGAAGGGCAAGUUAACUUUUCCUUGUGAACUCCUUAAGGUCGUUGUUGGUGGCUUGCUGCCUUUGAAUGAGGACGCUUCGCUCCUCGUCUCUCGCUUUCAAGAGUACCUGGAGUAUGAUGACGUUCGGUACUUUGUCAUGAAGGCGGUCACUGAGAACAUUGCACAAGUCAUGCAGAAGACAAAAGAGAGGCCACUGCCAUUUUACCAGCAGAAUGUGUUCUCCCUCAUUUCGCCCAUCAUCAUGCCCAGCAAAGAGUCUGACAUCGUCAAAUUUAUGGUGAAGCAAGAUAACAGGGAGGAAUUGAAAGUGUCGAAGCUGCAGGCUCACAAGCAGGCGUUUGAAAAGAUGUGGCUGGUUUUUUUGAAGCACGAGCUACCCACUGGCCUAUACAAAAAAGUUCUGGUCAUUCUGCAUGACUCCAUCCUGCCUUACAUGAACGAGCCCACUCUCAUGAUAGACUUCUUGACAGUGGCCUAUGGCAUAGGUGGAGCAAUCAGUCUUCUGGCCUUGAAUGGCUUAUUUAUUCUGAUUCAUCAACACAAUCUGGAAUAUCCUGACUUCUAUAAAAAGCUGUACAAUCUGUUAGACCCUUCCAUAUAUCACGUGAAGUACCGAGCUCGCUUUUUCCACUUGCUUGAUCUCUUCCUCUCUUCUUCCCACUUGCCCGCGUACCUGGUGGCGGCGUUCAUCAAGCGCCUGUCCCGGCUGGCCCUGACCGCUCCUCCCGAGGCCCUCCUCAUGGUCAUUCCCUUCAUCUGCAAUCUCUUCCGGAGGCACCCUGCCUGCAGGCUGCUGGUGCACAGACCCAAUGGGCCAGAAGCUAUGCCAGAAGAUCCAUACAUUAUGGAGGAGGAGGAGCCAUCUGAAAGCAGGGCUUUGCAGAGCUGUCUCUGGGAGAUUCAGGCUCUGCAAAACCAUUAUCACCCAGAAGUGGCCAAGGCAGCUGCUGUCCUGAACCAGUCACUUUCUGAAAUGGAGGAUGACAUCUCAAGGCUCCUGGAACUCUCAGCUUAUGAGCUUUUUGAUAAAGAAGUGAAGAAAAAGGCUACUGAUGUGCCCCUGGAGUUUGAACAAGUACGAGGUUUAUUUGGGAAGAAAAGUGAUAUUUUUGCAGAGCACUUCACUUUAGCUUGAUGAGAUCUCUUUUCUACACGUUUGGACUGAUCCUGCAAACAGAGCCGAGAGCUGCGCCGCUUGAGGAGGGUGCAGCCUUCUUCAGCAACCUUUGGCAAUACCCACAGAUGGACUUGCCUUUGUUCCUCAUUCUUAACAUGCUGCCACCUGAUAUUUGGGAAGGAUUUUUUCCUUGGAGCAGUGUUUUCUGGACUUGUCCAGUGCUGGGAUUCCAGCCCUGUUCUCCAAAGCUGCUGGUGCUGGCUGUGAUCAUUGACUGCACUCACAGACCACCUUGCUGCCGUUCAGUGGGACUGGGGGGAGCUGGGAGCUCUGGCUACUGGUCUUGUUUUUCAGUUGUGUUGCUGUUAUGCUUGAGCUGACAACCUGUUUGUAGCAAGGGGCUUCAAUAUAGAUUUGUAAACAAUGAUA